GCGGGACGCCCUCUUCUCCGCCUGAUACGCGCUCUGCAGAAAUGAAGGCGAUUUGUGUCCUGAAAGGAAGCACUGAGGUGACCGGCGUGGUCCGCUUCGAACAGGAAGGAGAUGGACCAGUAACCGUUACCGGUCAAAUCACUGGCCUGACUGAUGGGAAGCAUGGCUUUCAUAUCCACGCAUAUGGAGAUAACACCAACGGCUGUGUAAGUGCUGGUCCACACUUCAACCCCCACGGCAAGACCCAUGGUGGGCCAGAUGAUGAAGUGAGGCAUGUUGGAGACCUUGGAAAUCUAACAUCUGUUGGUGGUGUUGCUGAUAUAAAUAUUAAAGAUAAACUAAUUUGUUUAAAAGGAGAGCAUUCUAUCAUUGGACGCACAGCAGUGGUCCAUGAGAAGGAAGAUGACUUGGGAAAAGGUGGAGACAAUGAGAGCCUAAUAACUGGCAAUGCUGGUGGGCGUUUGGCCUGUGGAGUCAUUGGAAUUUGCCAGUAAAAUGGAAUUGUAUGGCAUUAUUCAUUCAGUUUAACCACCACCACCUAUUACACGUGUUCUGUUAUGUCUGCAGUUUGGUUCUGUUCAGUUCCAGUAAAUUAAUCUCAAGUGCUGUUGGCAACUGUUGCAUUGCAUAAUUUUAUAUAAAAGCACUGGUAACAUUAAA